AGCGCGACGCCCAGAAGUUCCAGACGGGCCCGGUCAUGAAGGGCGACAGGAUGUUCAAGGUGUCCUUUGACACGGAGCGCGCCAAGGACCAGGUUCCGACGGCCAGCGUGGUCGAGAUCCAGACUGGCGGCGGCUUCGCCGACGACGACAUGAGCACCAACUUCUCCGCGGCCAGCUCCAGCGACGGCAACAACGCGCGCAAGGCCAGCGUCCAGAGCAGCGCUGGCGCUGCGAGCGGCGUGGACUCCGGCCAGCGCCCGCUCGGCGAGCCCGACAAGGAGCUGGAGCCGGCGGCCAGGGUCAAGCUGGUGCGCGAGGGCCUGCACGGGGCCUCGGCGCCGCAGGACGCCCCCGUGCGCCGGCUGCGCUGCGCGCCGAUGGUGUCGGGCAUGGUGCCCGAGCACGUGGCCUCGGCGGUGCAGCGGGUCUCGGACGGCAACCACUUCCCGGUGCACGUGUCCCGGGCGGAGAGCUCGGACGAGCGCGCCUUCGGCAAGGCCGCGAUCGAGGAGGCACGCCAGCACGGCUCGAAGGUGGUCGUCUACGUGCGCUGCAGCUCCGUGUUCACCUACGACCCCGACGGCUUCGAGCAGCCCUUCCUCGAGGAGCUCUCGCGGGAGCCCAACGUCAGCGCCUGCUUCGUCCUCUGGCGCCCCGUGGACGGCCGCAGCGACUGGGGCUCCGACAGCACGACGGCCAAGUGGCAGAGGCUGGCCGGAGACGUGGUGGUGCACCUGAAGCCAAUGUGCAGCUCGGAGGACAUCGCCCAGUUCGAGCGCGACCUCUUCUACGAGGUCAAGGAGAGCACGCGGGUGGUCUACGAGCGGCUCGAGGAGAAGGGCCGCAAGCUGCGCGAGAAGACCUCCGUGUUCAGCUGCGAGGUGCGGCGCUUCCUCGACGCGCGCUCGCAGGACAGUCAGAAUGGGCCUGGCUGGUUCCAGCAGAACUUGCGCACCAAGGUCCGACAGAGGCAGCGGGCCCUGCUGGAGGACUUCCAGAAGGAGG